AUGAGGAGUCCAGCUCAUCAGUGCGGCACACAGCCGGGCGGCAUGGCAGAGCCACGGGCUGCAGCAGUACCGGGCGUCAUGGUGAAGUCUGUCAGCGCGUUAGCAGAGUUAAGCCUCGGAGCCGUGUUGGCCCCUUUCUAUCCCCACACCCGAGUAGGCGUGGGAGGGAGGCGUGAGCUGCAGGCGAUUCGUUGUGUGUUAGUCACGCGGGUCGGGUCGGACCUACCCACCACUCUGCCUCCUUUAUCCACCUUCUCCUCCCCCCCCAACGCCUUCUCCACUUCCUCAUUCUUUCCCCACCCUCCCCUCCAACCUUCCUCCGUCCUUCUCAUUCCCCUUCCAAUGUUCCAUCCCGCAUGCCUUCCACCAUCCCCUCCGAGCCAUCCCCAUUUUCUUGUCGGUAAGACGAGGGGCGCGGGAGGGGAGCAGGAGCACUUGGCUUGGCCAUGCACUGCUGCUGCAGCAGCCGUUGGAUCCACAACCCUAACGCUUGCUCUAGCAGCAUCAGCAGUGGUUGUGUCUGUAGCAACUCCUCUCCCACCCCACUCACCUCCUCCCACCCCACUCACCUCCUCCCACCCCAAUCACCUCCUCCCACCCCACUCACUUCCUCCCACCCCACUCACCUCCUCCCACCCCACUCACCUCCUCCCACCCCACUCGCCUCCUCUCACCCCACUCCCCCCCUCCCACCCCAAUCACCUCCUCCCACCCCACUCACCUCCUCCCACCCCACUCACCUCCUCCCACCCCACUCACCUCCUCCCACCCCACUCACCUCCUCCCACCCCACUCACCUCCUCCCACCCCACUCACUUCCUCCCACCCCACUCACCUCCUCCCACCCCACUCACCUCCUCCCACCCCACUCACCUCCUCCCACCCCACUCACCUCCUCCCACCCCACUCGCCUCCUCCAGUGCCGCACCUAUCCUCCCUAUCCUCUCCGCCAGCCUUCCACUCGUCUGCAGCUCAUUCUUACAACACAAUCAUGCCAUUCCCUGCCAUGCGCUCGCAUGCAUGCCCUUCCCUUUCCCAGCAUAA